UCUUUGCUAAACUCCAAGAACGAGAAAAGAGAAAAAUGAUGUUCAGUCCCCAAAAUGUUAAAAUAGUCUGUGAAAAUUGGGCAAUUGACGUUAUGCUACCCACUAUGUCCCAGAUCAUAGCUGAAAGAUUUAUUCUUAGGAAACAGAACCUCAAAAGAGCCCAAGUUGUAGGCAGGAGGAUCUGAUGGGUUCUCAAAGCAUGCGGCAUGUUUAUGCUAAGACAUAAGAAAGCCAAAGAUCAUAUCGCUAGAAAGACCCUCCUCAGAUAUUUAAUAGUAUACAUGAAACCAAAAUUAAAAAGAAGGAGAAAGCAAAGAGCUCAGAUUCUCUGUGACUUCCUUCGUCGUACGACACAAUAUCCAAACGAUCCUAACAGAGCAUUUUUGAGAUUUGCACGACUUUCCGAGAAAAUAAAAUAAAAAUUUAAAAACUCACCUGAGACACUCAAGACUUAAAUAUUGCAUUAUGAAUUAUCAAUGGUCAGAUUUUGAGAAACAAGAGCUCAAGAAUCAUAAGUAUAAAGACUUAGUGACAGGAGCUGUUAAGAGAGCUCUUAAUGUCCCUGAAGGAGGUGUCCCACUCAAAAUCAGGCUUAUCUACAUGAGAGGAUAUUGUAAAUACCAACGCAAAUAAAUACUUCAAAGAUCUUGAAAAAUGGGAAGAAGAGUGAAAAGUUGUGGCAAAAGCUCAUAGACAAGAUCUCUGUGAAAAGAAUGCAGUUAGAAUACUCUCUGGGAACCAGCUGAUCAAAGAAGACCCAGUUUUACCACCUAAACCCUUCAUCCAUGUCUUCAUUCCAAAGCACAAACUUAGAGACAUGGUCAGAGAAUCUCUCUACAAAAGCAAGAGCUGGAAAUUAAUCGUACUAGGAACACUAAAAUUUGCUGAUUUGCCGAUUCUAAAGUCAAUAUUAGACUAAUUUUCAAUAAUA